CUCUGUUGAGGGCAAAGCAAUAAACUGAGUUGUGACCAUUUUGUGUUACUAUGGCACACGCAUGAAUGCGGUACUAGUAAUUAUUGAUAUACUAAUUUUUAUUAUGCAACUUAGAAUGGCAAACAAGCUGACGGCCCACCUGAUGGAAAGUGGUAACCGCCGCCUAUAGACAUGAGCAGUACCGUGCACAUAACAGAGUAUACUGUUUCGCCCAUGAUACUCCCCAUGCGUUGGUAUUCCUGAGGACUCGGAUGUUAUUCCUCUGUCCCCUAUGUGUUAUUCCACUGUACUCAGUAAAUUCACGCCAUAUCCCACCCUUCAAACCGAAACACAGCCAUGCAAACACAACUGCUUCACGGUAGAAACACGAAUGGAACAGUGGUGGCCAAGCAAACGACUUUUGUACAAAGUCUCCCUCUGGUAAAUAAUGGUAAGUAAUGCAAAUAAAGUGCGUACAUUCAUUCAUUCAUUCAUUCACGAACGACGUCAGUAGAAUGACCUUCAAAAGGAGUCAGCCGCGAGUUUUCGUGUCGUAAACAUCGUUAUCAAUUGCGCUGUCACUAGUAAUUAUUUAAAUCGCAUAAAACAUUCAAUUUUGAGUACUUAUCAUAUACCAAAUUAAACGUAAUUACACGGACUAAAUAAACGUUAAAAUAAUUUAGUGUUGUAAAUCAUAUUAAACCUAAUAAAAGUGAUUUUAUUUUAAACUAAAAACGUUAACGGUCAAAAAGUGAAAUUCGUGACCUUGCUUACCUCUUUCAGCGGUCUCGGUCAGCUGGUGGCACUUGCUCUCUCGCACUAACUCGCGUGUGCAUCUCGCUCUGGUCGGCUGUGCAUUGCGGGUGAAUCAUCGUUUUGUGUCUGCACUUGCAUAUUUUUGUUAUAUAGAGAAAUGAAUAAAAUGUCAUCUACGGAGCUCACUUGUGCGGGAUGUCGCUGUGUUAUCUCCAACAGGGAAUACCUUCGUUGUAGCCUGUGUCAGGAAGUGUACGAGCGUAAAUGUACGACAGUUUCAGAGCAACGCUUUUAUAACACUAUGACAAAGGAACACAAACUCUCAUGGAAAUGUGAUCAGUGUAGAAGCAAACAGCCUAAAACGGGUAACUCAAAUACGCCGGUGCGUGGUGCUGAUGAGAACGUCACACAUCGCCGAGGUACAGCCAGGACUGCAUCAUCAUCCAACGAGGAAGGCACUGACUCUUUACUAGUAUUGGAGAUGCGCUCUGUUGGUGAGCAGCUGAGGGCGGUACGGCGUCAGAUGGAGGAGCUGACGGCCACUGUCUCUGGUGCCAUGUUGAAGAUCGACGCCUGUAAUGAAAGGAUUGAUGGUCUGUCGGCUCGCAUGGACGGUAUGGAGCGUCGAAUGAAUGAGAUAUCAGGGAGCCAACGCGAUGGUGACUCCUUACUGCGAAGUAUAGCCCAACUUAAGAGCGAGCUAAACGAACGUGAUCAGGAGCUUCUGUUGAACGACGUCGAGCUAUCUUGUGUACCGGAGCAGCAGGGUGAGGCGGUUGGUCACGUGAUCCUGACAUUGGCCACUAAACUGGGUGUACCGUUGACGGAGCGGGAUGUGGUGAGUGCGACUCGUAUGGGUCGUGUGCCGGAGCCUAGAGAGGGCACAGCUCCUCGUCCUCGUGUCAUCGCUGUGCGGUUGGCGCGACGUGCUUUGCGAGACCAGUUGAUACAGGCAGCCAGGGUGUGCCGUGGCGCGACAACUGAGGGUGCGGGUCUACCGGGUACGCCGCGGCGUUUUUAUGUUAAUGAAAGGUUAACCAGGGCUAAUCGGCAAUUAUUUCAAAAAGCGCGUGAGGCGGCGAGGCAGCACGGCUGGCGCUUUUGCUGGACAAGGAAUGGGAAAGUAUAUGUUCGAAAGCAUCCGGGGGGUGAUGCUGUUAAAUAUCGAGUUCACUCGGAGGAUGACCUGGAAGGUGUUUUUGGUUUGCCUUCCGUUUGUUCGUCCGUUGAAAAACAAUAGAACACGAUUAUUUGUAGUUACUAAUUAUUUAUAUUUGUUAUCACAAA